UCAAUUGUCCUCUCAUAUUUGUUAAUUACUAUUUUGACGAGAAGAAAUACCAUUUUAAUUUGUAAAUCACAUUUCAUCUCCAUCUGUCUUGCCAUCAUCCCUGAUUUAACUUCUCUGUCCAAUAAAUCUAUCUCUUUAUCAACCAAGCAAUGCUUUCUCGACUCUCCAAAAUUCAAAUUGUUACUCUUGUAUUGUGUAUGAUUGUGUAUAUUGGCAAUUCCAGUGAUCGAGGAAAAAGAAGAGUCGGUGGUGGUGUCGGUGGCGGUGGUGGAAAUGGCCUAUCAUUACCUUUUCCUUUACCCUUUGGUCUUGGCGCUCACAACAUGAGGAACCCGGCUUAUCCAUUCUUUCCAAACUCCGUCUCUGACUGUCCAACUGGCGAUGGCAAUCGAACUGGUAUUUGUGUACCAAAUUCAUUUGAAUGUCGACGCCGAGGUGGUCGAGCAUUAGGAAAUUGUUAUGCUACACCAAUCAGUGGCUCUGGCGGUAACCAAAGACCCGACAAUAGUGGAAUAGGUUUUGGUUCAGGCUACAAUCCUGGUAUUCCCGUUGGUGUUUGUUGUUUCCUUCAAGUAACAUGUGGUGGAUCAAUCCUUUACAAUGGUACUUAUUUUCGCAAUCCAAAUGCUCCAUCGCCUUAUACUGAUUCGAGGCCUUGUUCAGCCCAGAUUAGUAACCUUAAACCAGAUAUCUGUCAACUUAGGUUAGACUUUUUAAUCUUCAGUUUAGCCCAACCAACGCAAGGUGAAUGCGAUAAGGAUAGAUUUGUUGUUAACGGACAAAUCCAAAAUGAUGUUAUUCCUCCAAUGUGUGGGGUUAACUCUGGCCAACAUAUAUAUAUUGAUGUUGCUGGUACUUCGGGGCCUGUGAGUUUAAAUUUCAUUACAACUGGCCACCGGAGUAGACAAUUUGAUGUCAGAGUUACCCAAAUACAAUGUCACUCUCCGUAUAGAGCCCCUGCUCAUUGUUUACAGUAUCAUUAUGAUGUUGUUGGUCGUAUAAUGUCGUUAAAUUUUGACCUUUAUAAUGAUGGAAACACUUAUUUCAAUAAUCUGGAUUAUACUAUUUGUUUUCGCAAAGAACCAGGAUUUUGUACAAUGACUUAUUCCGUUCCUUCUGAACGUGAUCCAGAUGAAGAACCAGAGAUCACCAAGCCUCAAAGGCCUGGCUCUGUCUUCCGUUACUUUGAAAUUCAACCAGAAUCUAAAACAUCUGAAGCUCCUGGAGCCGGUAUUGUUAAAUGUCCCUCGGAUUAUUUAAUGCUUGGUGGUAUAAGAUUUUGUGGUGGAAGACUUAAUGCUAAUGUUUUCUCUAAUAAUCCCUCCGGGGAUACUGAAGUAACAGAUAAUAGCACUGGCCCCAUCUUUGCGAGGUUUGUUAGUGACGGGAAAGAAGUUAAGAGAGGAUUUUUCCUGAGUUAUCGAAUGAACCCAUGCUUUAUUGGCGGAUAAAAUUAAGAAAUUAACUUAUCAAUUUUAAAGUUUAUUUUCCACGGAACAAAGGACACAAUUUAAUGGCAAUUGAUUGAAACCAUUCAAAUUAAAGUAUAUUUUGAUGUAACAAGUGAUA